CGCGUCAGUUUGUUUAUUAUUUAUCAAAACAAUAUAACCUAAAUCUAACGACAUUAUUAUACUCCCUAGUAUAAUUGACUUUCUUGCUUCUUGAUCUAAAAUGAAGAUGAAUUUCAGCCGGUGACAUUACAAGUAAAUUUAAAAAAACAGGACGUAAGGAGUCAUUACUCGUGAAGUUCUAAGGUAAAUCUGUUGGUUUACUUAUUUAUUACCUAUUUAUUGAAUGUCACGUAUACAUUUUCUACACAGAGUGAUCUAACAGGGUAAGUCAAGUAUGGUAGAUAAACUUACCACUAAAUGCUGCUGGUUUUUUUCACUUCCCGUUGGAUCCUUUUUAAUUGGAUGUUACAUUGUGGUCUCAAAUUUUCUGGGAACCGUUUACUUGCUGGAUGAGGCAGACGAUCGGAACCUUGAUUGGAAAUUUCAACUGUCUUAUGCGAUCUAUGGAAGUGCAUUUAUAAGCGGUGUCCUGUUAAUAAUUGGGAUAGUGAUUCUGAUUGGACUCUUUUGGGUCAGUGAGUAUUAUCCUCUGAGUAACAUUGACAGAUACAGGAUCGUCCAGGUAGCUUCAAUCUUGUUCUUGAUAUGUUCCGUGAUCCGGAUGGUUUCAGCUGUGAUGAUGGUUAUGGAAAGUUCAUUUAUUGCGAUGUUCCUUAUUACGUUGUUCUACUUCUACGGGUUUAUGGUGCUUUGGAGCUAUUGCCAGGAAGAAGCGGCGCUUGAGGCUUUGCUUAAUCUAGAAGUUUCCCCAAGCCAGCUGAAAAUUUUGAUUGAGAGGUUUGGAUCAAAUGACUCGCAAGUGCCUAUUUUAACAUCUUUUUCUCGAAAUAUUCCUGAAAUAAAAUAAUAUAACUGGAAA